UUGCUCCCCUUCUCUGCUAGUGACUUUCCACGUCCCCCAGCCUCUAGUCCGCCGCCCAUUCCCUUCUAGGCCCGAAGCUUCUUCCCUCUGGGGACCACGGUGCCCCCUUCGCAGCUAUUUCGUUGUGCCCGGAACCUGCACUUCAGGGAACAGCGAGGCAAAGAAAACCAGCAAAACCAUGGCGACUCCUUCUGCUGCCUUUGAGGCCCUUAUGACUGGAGUGACGAGCUGGGAUGUUCCUGAGGAAGCUGUCCCAUGUGAACUGCUUCUUAUUGGAGAGGCUUCAUUUCCUGUGAUGGUGAAUGACAUGGGCCAGGUCCUCAUUGCUGCCUCUUCCUAUGGCAGAGGUCGCAUGGUGGUAGUAGCUCAUGAGGACUACUUGGUGGAAAGCCAGCUCUUUGUCUUUCUUGUCAAUGCUGUGGGGUGGCUUCGUUCCUCCUCUGAGUCUGCCAUUGGUAUACACUCAUCCUUAGCACCAUUGGUGAAAAUCCUCGAGAGCUGUGGAAUAGACUCAACGAUUGAGCCCGAAGUGAAUGACUCCCUGGGAGUUUACUGCAUUGAUGCCUACAAUGAAAGCAUGACUGAUAAGCUGGUCCAGUUUGUGAAACGUGGAGGGGGCUUGCUCAUAGGAGGCCAAGCCUGGGAUUGGGCUAACCAGGGCGAAGAUGAAAGAGUUCUGUUCACAUUUCCUGGGAAUCUGGUGACCAGUGUGGCUGGUGUGUACUUCACUGAAAUCAAGGCUGACACAAGUUUCUAUAAAGUUUCUAAGAAGAUGCCUAAGAUCCCUGUCUUAGUUAGUUGUGAAGAUGACCUCUCAGAUGACAGAAGUGAACUUCUGCGUGGCAUCUCAGAUCUGGACAUCACCAACUCGGACUGUUUCCCAUCCCAGCUACUAGUGCAUGGGGCUUUGGCUUUUCCCUUAGGGCUAGAUACCUACCAUGGGUGUGUGAUAGCAGCUGCCCGCUAUGGCCGGGGCCGAGUGGUUGUAACUGGUCAUAAGGUGUUAUUCACUGUGGGUAAACUUGGCCCAUUUCUGCUCAAUGCUGUCCGUUGGCUGGAUGGGGGCCGCAAAGGCAAGAUUGUGGUGCAGACAGAGCUAAGAACACUAAGUGGUCUGCUUGCAGUCGGGGGUAUAGACACCAGCAUUGAGCCCCAGCUGACCAGUGAUGCAAGUGUCUAUUGCUUUGAACCCACGAGUGACGUGGGGGUUAAGGAGCUGCAGGAGUUUGUAGCAGAGGGUGGCGGGCUGUUUGUUGGAGCCCAAGCCUGGUGGUGGGCCUUUAAGAACCCAGGAGUGUCCCCUCUGGCUCGCUUCCCAGGAAACCUGCUCCUCAACCCUUUUGGCAUCAGUAUCACAAGCCAAAGCCUCAACCCAGGCCCAUUCCGCACCCCUAAGUUGGGAGUAAGGACCUAUCACUUCCGCUCGACCCUGGCAGAGUUUGAGGUGAUAAUGGGCAGGAAGAGAGGGAAUGUGGAGAAGGGCUGGCUAGCCAAGCUGGGACCAGAUGGGGCAGCUUUCCUGCAGAUUCCUGCAGAGGAGAUCCCUGUUUACAUGUCCGUGCACCGACUCCUGCGGAAGCUGCUGAGCCGCUAUCGGCUCCCAGUGGCAACCCGAGAAAACCCUGUAAUCAAUGACUGUUGUAGGGGGGCCAUGCUUUCCCUGGCCACAGGUCUGGCCCACUCUGGAAGUGACCUCUCACUACUAGUCCCAGAAAUUGAAGACAUGUACAGCAGCCUCCAUCUGCGCCCCCCAGAGUCUCCCAUCACCGUGGAUAUCAACUGCACCAAUCGAGGCACACGAUACUGCUGGAUGAGCACUGGACUCUAUAUACCCGGAAGGCAAGUCAUAGAGGUCUCCUUGCCUGAAGAAGCUGCCUCGGCUGAUCUGAAGAUACAAAUCGGCUGUCAUACUGAUGACCUGACCAGGGCCAGCAAGUUGUUCCGAGGCCCCCUUGUGAUUAACAGAUGUUGCUUAGACAAGCCCGUGAAAUCAAUCACCUGCCUCUGGGGUGGUCUCCUUUAUAUCAUCGUGCCUCAGCAUAGCAAGUUGGGGUCUGUGCCCAUCUCAGUGAAGGGGGCUGUCCGUGCUCCAUACUUCAAGCUAGGGGAAACAACCCAGGCAGAAUGGAGGAGGCGUCUCCAGGAACAUCCUGGUCCAUGGGGAGAGCUGGCCACCAACAACAUCAUCCUGACUGUGCCAACUGCAAAUCUUCGAGCUCUGGACAAUCCCGAGUCCCUGCUUCGCCUCUGGGACGAAGUGAUGAAGGCUGUGGCGAGGCUGGGUGGAGAGCCUUUCCCUUUGCGGCUGCCACAGAGGAUUGUGGCAGAUGUGCAGAUCUCAGUCGGCUGGAUGCAUGCAGGGUAUCCCAUCAUGUGCCAUCUGGAGUCAGUGCAGGAGCUCAUCAAUGAGAAGAUCAUCAGGACCAAGGGACUGUGGGGCCCUGUGCAUGAGCUGGGCCGCAACCAGCAGAGGCAGGAGUGGGAGUUCCCGCCACACACCACUGAAGCCACCUGCAACCUGUGGUGUGUUUAUGUACAUGAAACAGUGCUGGGCAUACCUCGAAGCCGUGCCAAUAUUGCCCUGUGGCCCCCUGUUCGGGAAAAGAGAGUCCGAAUCUACCUGAGCAAGGGACCCAAUAUAAAGAACUGGACUGCCUGGACUGCAUUGGAAACAUACUUACAGCUCCAAGAGGCCUUUGGUUGGGAGCCAUUUAUUCGCCUCUUCACGGAGUACAGAAGCCAGACCAACAUGCCCUCGGAUAAUGCCGACAAAAUGAAUCUGUGGGUGAAGUUGUUCUCCCAGCAAGUGCAGAAGAAUCUGGCUCCGUUCUUUGAGUCCUGGGCCUGGCCCAUCCACAAGGAAGUGGCUACCAGCCUAGCCUAUCUGCCUGAGUGGAAGGAAAAUAUAAUGAAACUGUACCUCCUCACACAGAUGUAAGAAGUGCCCAUCGAGGUGGCAGGUAGAGAGGUUUGGGGAGGCCCCACUGAAACUGAAGUGAAGGAAUGCAAGAGAGAACUGAAACCAUGCAGCAAAGGAAUCUAAAAGCAUUUGGGUGGAGAAGAUCUCAACACAUUUCUGGAAGAGAUAAAGUAAAUGAAGCUUGUUAAUGAAUGGGAAACAUGAAGGCACAUUUCAGACAGAAUACCCAGAUCUGACCACCGUAACCCCAAAGAGACUUGAGCACUAGAAAAGUCUAGCUACUAAAUAAUUGUACCAGUUGUAAAUUGACCCCCAUUCUAUUCUGCCCCAACUCUUGUACAUAGAACACAGAAAAUCUCCCAUUGGUCCUAGUGAAGCUGUCUUUGUUCUUGUUGUUUGAAUAAAGGAAUCAAAUAAACCACCUGAGGAGAGGUAAGAAUUAGUGCUCCAGAUGAUAUUUUUUUCGUGGAUGUAAGUGGCUCCCUAGGCUGUCUGUUAAUUUUCUUCUGAGCAUUGAGGCCCCUACUCACAUAACCAGGGCUUCUAGUCAUAACAGAGAUUUGCUAGAGAAACAGGAGUCUUUUACAAAGGCAAUAGUUAGCACGGUUCUUAAUGUGUGUUUUCUGAUAGGAAUUUCCAUGCAUAGAAGGAACCAAGGGAGACUCAUAAGAAAAAUAACCACUUAGAUGUAAAAAAAAAUUGAAAAAGUAUUAUAAAGUAAAGGAAACAAAGCUCGUAUGGGAAAAAAAUCCUUAAAAUUCUGACCAUCUCUCCAGAGAGAUUUGAGGUGCAUUUGUAAGAUAAUAUACUAAGAGAAAAUUCCGAACAUUUGUAAAGCAAAAUAAGAUUGCCAAAAAUAUUCCAUAGAUAGGCUGGAAAAUGAAGUAGAAUGAAUCUCCCGAUAUAUGCAGAAAAAUGAAAUAACAAACAAUAGGAAGGAAGGAAAGAGAAAUAGACAAUCACUGUUUAACCAUUGUGAGUUCCCAGAAGACAGGAUAUAGAUAGCAUGGAUGAAGAGUGAAGAAGAAAGACUUGAGGAAUACCAGACUGAGGGGACCCAAUACCAACUACAUCUAGGUACAGUGCUAAGAAAACUUGGAAUGGUAGGGUUAGAGAGAACUUACUCCGAGUUCCCAGGGAAGAGAGGACAACUGAGCCAAGCCUGGAUGAGAAGAGCCUGGCAAUGUCAGCUGAAUGCUAGAAGUCAAGGGAGUAAUUGUGUUUACUUGUGUUCACUUUUGAAAACUUUUGUUUCCAGAACUCCAUAUAGGUCAGACUGAUGAGAGCAAUGUAAAAAUAAAGAUAUCUGUGGACAGGUGAGUUUUUAGAAAACCUACUUCUCUCCUUUGUACCAUUAUUAAGGAAGUUUUCCAUUUAAAAAAAUAAGAAUGAAAGUCCAAAAAAAAAGAGGAGGAAAGAGGACCUGGCCACCAGUGGACCUCACCCAGGAUGUCUCCGUCUAGAGUGGUAGUUAUCUAAUAGAAAAGAACACAACCUUGGACUCUGAGAAGAAUGUGCCAGAGUAAUACUGAGUAAAUGAGACAUUUGGAAAUGUGGAGGACAUACAGUCUUUUAUCACAAAAAAAUAAAUAAAUAAACAAACAAACCAUCAAGAAAUUUAGGCUCAACUGUGAAGAAGAACAAAAUGAGAUAGGAUUUUGAAGACUUGUGGACUAUGAGAAGAGACUUGAUUGGUCAUUGGCAGUAGGUAGGUAAGUUUCUUUUCCAAUGGUACAGGCAUCAUGACAUUGGGAGUGUAGGAACAUGUAUAUCUUCCACUUGGCUCAGUAAAAUGAAUUUUAAUAGCCAAAAUAAUAUAGAUGCCACUUAUAGAUCUUCAGUAUGGACCCACCUAUGAACAAAGCCUGAAAGUCUAAAUGUUUUACCCAGAAGAGAAAUUGAAUUGAUAUCAGCCAGCUGAGGCACAGGAAAGUGGAGACUGAAUUAGUUGGGAGAAGAGAAGUAGAAGGAAGAGUGGGGCUACUUGAAUAUUCAAAGUGGGGUUGUAUAGACACUGUCUUCAAUUAAUGGAACACAACUACAUGGUUAGUGUCCUGGCCAAUGCUAUAUGUUAGACCCUCAAAAGAAUUAAAAAAUGGUAUACCUAUCAAACAUUUAGAGAAGGGCAGGCAGGGAAAGGUGGAGAUGCUGUACGUUAAAUUCUUAUCUUUUGUAAGGGUGAAUUAUUAAAGAUUGUCUACAGUUAAUAAGUCAAGAGAUUAUUGUUCAAACAUGUUAUUUAAAGGUAGGAAGUUAGCCACCAGAAGAUCCAAAAGUAGAUAUUGUUAAAAGCAUCUAGGAAAUGGGAUUAGAGAAGAGGGUGGGAUAGGAAACUCUGUUUUCAUUUCAAGUUCCUCUGUACUAUUUAAUUUUUUACCUUGUGCAUGUAUUACUUGGACAAGUUUGUAAUAAACUGAAAUAAAACAUC